AUGGACAGAGACAUAAAGGAAAUGAAAGAAAAAUUAAUCCCAGAAGUGGAAAAAGGUAAUUAUGUGGAAUCAUUAGAUAAGAUAGAGAGAAGAGUAAAAGAUCUGGAAAUCCAAGUAAAAACCUUCAAAUAUAAGAAACUCAUGAGGGAUAAGGAAGAUUAUGAUCUAGGAAGGCAAAGGAAUUGGAAAAAACAGAAAUUUAACCAUAGAAGGGAAACAAAUCGAAAACCAUCCCACAACAGUCAAUUUCAAAUAUACAGAUCAGGUAACUAUAUAAAUCGCAAUUAUAAUCAGAGAAACCCAUCACAGUCAUAUCAACAUCCACAACGUCCAAAUUCAAAAUACUGGGAUGAAUCAUCAUCUCAUAUUUCACACAAAUCCAUAGAAUCUUUUCCACCAUCCAGACCUUAUAAAUCUCCUAAGCCAAAAACCACAUUCAGAAAAGCAGAUUCACCAUCAAAAUCAUCCCAUCAGGUUCAACGUUAUCAAACAGAAGCACCUUCUUCGCCCUCUUUUUUGGGGACUUUUUUAGGGAGGAAACGGACAAGGACACCAUCGAGGGAAAAGGAAGAAACAACGAAGAUACAAAGAUCACCAGUCCAACAGAACAAAAGGACGAUAAGAGAACAAGAAAUCAGAUGGAGAGAAUCACCAUCCCCAAAAUAA